ACGACUAUAUAUAAUAAGGUGUGAUCCUCCCAACUAUUUAAUUUGCAUUGUAAUAUUUCAUUCUCUUUACUUUAAUUGAUACAUUUCUAAAGAAACUUAAAGCAAUGGAAUUCACUUUGCUUGAUACCUCCUUGGAUUUGAGUUCUAAAACGUCUCUUGGUGUUCUUCAUGAAGUACCUAAACAAGAAGUACAGAGUAAUUUCAUUGGAUUGGGAGGAGACAUGCCACCAAAAAUUGAGGCAGGUGAUUUGGUAGAGGAACUAAAGCGAUUGAGUGAUGAAAACAAGAAGCUUAAGGAGAUGCUGAGUGUCAUGUGUGACAACUAUAAUACUUUGAGAAACCAAUUAAUGGAGUACAUGAGCAAGCUGCACAGUAAUUGUAAUGGUACUACUAGAAUUGAUGGAUCAAGGAAAAGAAAAGCUGAAAGCACUACUACUUCUAAUAACAACAAUGGCAAUUUAUUGGAUGCUCAUUUUCAUGGAAUAAAUUCUGAAAGCAGCACAAGUGAAAAAGACUCUUCAUGCAAGAAACCACGAGUAGAGCAUGAGCACAAUAAACCCCAGAAUAGCUCUAUGGAUUAUGUUAGGACUACCGGAGGAUCUGAUACAAAUCUGAUAGUCAAUGAUGGAUAUCAGUGGAGGAAAUAUGGUCAGAAAGUAACGAGAGACAACCCUUAUCCCAGAGCUUACUUCAAGUGCUCUUUCGCUCCUACCUGCACUGUCAAGAAAAAGGUGCAAAGAAGUAUUGAUGAUAAGUCCAUUAUUGUAGCAACAUAUGAAGGAGAACACAACCAUUCAAAACCAGAUUCUUCUCUCAAUCUUAUAACUGAUCAACCAAGAACAUUAUUAGAGAAUGGCAAAAGAACAAGUACUAGUACUAGUGCAGUUGACCAUAGUCACAAUAAGCCAGAGUUUCACAAGCUGUUGAUAGAGAAAAUGGCUUCAUCCUAAACCAAUGAUCCCAACUUUAAAGCUGCCCUUGUUGCUGCCCUUUCAGGAAAAACCUCUUCUACAUAAUAAAAAAAUUAGAAUUAGCUGCGAACUUCAUCGCUAGUCUGUCGCUAAAUUUCUUGUGGCUAAUGAUUUUUUUGAUAAUCCGCCGUUAUUUCGUUGCUAAAUAAUAUUAGCGACGAAUUUUACUGUUCAGCUACAGAAUUUGUCUGUCGAAAAUUCCUGCAUGAUUUUUUAGUAGUGAAAAAAGAACCAACCAGUCGUACAAUGUAAAUACUUUUGACCAUCUCUAUGGCAAAAUAUACUAGAGGGGGGAAGAAAAAAAAGACAGAGAAGUAUGUGUUUGCAAGGAAAAAAAAGACAGAGAAGUAUGUGUUUGGGAGGCUAAACUAGUCUAGGAAGGCUCAAGUGAGAAUGGGAUAUAUCUAGAUUGGCUUAUUUUCAAAGUACAGCUAAAUUUUGAAUUCCUUUUGUAUA